GAGUCUGUGUAGGAGUAGCGUGCAUUUAAGAAAACCAAUUGACCUCCCUCUCUCCGUAUGUCAUUUCCCCUAUAAAUACUUGCAAACCUCUUCUUCUUCCCCCACCACAUCAGCACAAAGGAAGCAUCCUCACUUUUCGAGCUUGUAAAUCAUCACAGGGAAAUUCAAAGACAACGUACGGUACCUGACCGACAGCGACCGCCAGGAAGAAGAUGAGCCGAGCCAACGGCGGGAGGGGGGCACGGCGCCUGGACCUGAAGCUGAACCUGUCUCUGCCGGCGCGCGGCGACUCGUCAUCAGCGUCGAGGAGGAUUCUGGCGGCGCCGGCGGACGAGGAGUCGUCGCCGAGCUCGUGCGUGUCGUCGGAGAGCGAGCAGCACGGCGGUGGCGGCGCUUUGCAGUGGUCGGACAGUCCCGAGGCGACGUCCAUGGUGCUGGCGGCCUGCCCGCGCUGCUUCAUCUACGUCAUGCUCGCGGAGGCCGACCCGCGGUGCCCCAAGUGCCGCAGCCCCGUCAUCCUCGACUUCCUGCACGGCGGCAGCGGCAGCGGCAACGGCAACGGUAACGAGGACGAUGAGAGCAACAAUCGCAACCGCCGUGGCAGGAGGAAUAGGAAGGAAUGAAUGAUGGACGCAAAGAAGAGCCGGGCGUGAUCGGUUGCUCGCGAAUGGGCAACCACGCAGCACAGCAGCAAGAAGAUUUCAAGAUCACCAGGGAGAACAAGUGGAGCGAUCACAAGAUGAUCCUAGGCCGGUCCCAGCAGUUUGAUCUCAGUUUUUAGUAGCGACUCGCAGUGUUAAGUAGUAAUUCCUGUGCUUCGUUCUCCAGUGUAACCAUGAUAUGUCAGUGCAACGUUUUCACAUCACGGAUACACUGGAGAAAAUACCGCAUAAUAUCAUCUCCCAUGGCAUGCAUAGCUAGUA